AUGGCCGGAGGACUCCCUACCCAUCUCGCUCCUUCUACCGAUGCCUCUGGCUUCCAGGGAAAGCACCAUGGAAAGUCCCAGUCUCACAUGGCAUUUGAGAAUGCUUCCACUAGUGUCGCUGCCUCCCAGAUGCGCAAUGCACUGAACGCCCUCGGUGACUCCGUCCCAGAAGGCCCCGAUAAGAAGCGCUUCGAAGCUGAGACAGACAACUUCUUCGCCCUCUUCCGCCGUUUCCUCAACGACAAGGCCAAGGGCAACGCUGUCAACUGGGACCGCAUUGCUCCUCCCCAGCCCUCGCAGGUGGUCGGUUAUGACGAACUCGGCGCUGAGGCCUCCAUGGAGUUCCUCAACAAGCUAGCUGUUGUCAAGCUCAACGGUGGUCUCGGUACUUCCAUGGGUUGCGUCGGUCCCAAGUCUGUCAUUGAGGUUCGCGAGGGAAUGUCCUUCUUGGAUCUGUCUGUCCGCCAGAUCGAGCACCUCAACCGUACCUUCAAUGUCAACGUUCCCUUCGUUCUCAUGAACUCCUUCAACACCGACCAGGACACCCAGUCUAUUAUUAAGAAGUAUGAGGGCCAUAACGUCGACAUCAUCACCUUCAACCAGUCCCGUUACCCCCGUAUCAUCAAGGACUCCCUCCUUCCCGCUCCCAAGAGCUUCGAUGCUCCCCUGCAGGACUGGUACCCUCCCGGACACGGUGACGUUUUCGAGUCUCUAUACAACUCUGGUACUCUUGACAAGCUGAUUGACCGCGGCAUCGAGUACAUUUUCCUGUCCAACGCCGACAACCUGGGCGCCGUUGUGGAUCUCCGCAUCCUGCAGCACAUGGUUGACUCCCAGGCUGAGUACAUCAUGGAGUUGACUGACAAGACCAAGGCCGAUGUCAAGGGUGGUACCAUCAUCGAUUACGAUGGCAAGGUCCGCCUGCUCGAGAUUGCUCAGGUGCCCAAGGAGCACGUUAACGAGUUCAAGUCCAUCAAGAAGUUCAAGUAUUUCAACACCAACAACAUUUGGAUGAACGUCCGCGCCAUCAAGCGUGUUGUCGAGGAUAACGAGUUGGAGAUGGAGAUCAUCGCUAACGAGAAGUCCAUUCCCGCCGACAAGAAGGGUGAGGCUGACCAGGCCAUCUACCAGCUGGAGACUGCCGUCGGUGCCGCCAUCCGUCAUUUCAAGAACGCCCACGGUGUCAACGUGCCCCGUCGCCGCUUCUUGCCCGUCAAGACCUGCUCUGACCUCUUGGUUGUCAAGUCUGAUCUCUACCGUCUAGAGCACGGACAGCUCGUCAUGGACCCCAACCGCUUCGGUGGUGUACCCGUCAUCAAGCUCGGCUCUGACUUCAAGAAGGUCUCUGACUUCCAGAAGCGUGUUUCCAGCAUCCCGCGUAUUGUCGAGCUGGACCACCUCACUAUCACUGGUGCCGUCAACCUUGGCCGCAACGUUACCCUGAAGGGCACAGUCAUCAUUGUUGCUACCGAAGGCAGCACCAUUGAUAUCCCCCCUGGAUCCGUCCUGGAGAACUGCGUUGUGCAGGGUAGUCUGAGAAUCCUGGAGCAUUAG